AUCUCACGUCGGAUGAAUUCGUGGACAUCACUCUCUUCUUGGUGAAAAAAAAAAGCUCCAGGUUCCGGUGCAGCCGCCGGCCCCCAGAUGGCGCCCACGCUGCUGCUGCUGCUCCCGGCGCUGGCCGGCCUGAUCUCCGUGGCGCAGGGGCAGGCGUUCCACCUGGGCAGGUGCCCCACCCCUCCCGUGCAGGAGAACUUUGACGUGCACAAGUAUCUCGGACGAUGGUACGAAAUUGAGAAGAUCCCGGUGAGCUUUGAGAAAGGAAACUGCAUCCAGGCCAACUACUCACUAAUGGAGAACGGAAACAUCAAAGUGCUGAAUCAGGAGUUGAGACCUGAUGGAACUGUGAAUCAAAUUGAAGGCCAAGCCACCCAGAGCAACCUCACGGAGCCCGCCAAGUUGGGAGUGAAGUUUUUCCAGUUGAUGCCAACGGCCCCGUACUGGGUCCUGGCCACCGACUAUGAGAACUACGCGCUCGUGUACUCCUGUACCACAAUCAUCUGGCUUUUUCACAUGGAUCAUGUUUGGAUCUUGGGAAGAAACCGUUAUCUCCCUCCUGAAACAGUGACCUAUCUGAAGGAUAUCCUGACUGCCAAUAACAUCGACAUUGAGAAGAUGACUGUCACAGAUCAGGUGAACUGCCCCGAGUUCUAGUAAUGAGGCUCAAAGGGGAGGCUGCACCUGCUCCAUGUCACUUCUCCUGCUUCGCUUUCCCCUGCCCCACUCUACCCUUCCUAAGGACAGACCACCCGGCCAGACAAACAUGUGUGAAUACCAGAAGGGAGGCUUAACGGCAAUGGAGCCAAUGAAGGGCAGUUGAAGGAAACUUGCCCCCAACACUUAGCCGUGCCCCACUCUGCUGUCUUGCUGGCCUCCUAAUAAACGUGUUGCUGACCUGCUGUGCUCACAGU